AGCGGGAGCGAAUCCAACUUCCGGGUAGUGUCGCCGCACGCCACCGGCAUCUUGCUUUUUCUUCCCCUCCCCUGGGUCCCCCUCGCUGCUCCCUCCUUUCCUUUUAUUCCCAGCCCCACCCGCCAAAAUGAACAGCUCAGACGAGGAGAAGCAGCUGCAGCUCAUCACCAGCCUGAAGGAGCAAGCAAUAGGCGAAUAUGAAGACCUCAGAGCAGAGAACCAGAAAACAAAGGAGAAGUGUGACAAAAUUAGGCAAGAACGAGAUGAAGCUGUUAAAAAACUGGAAGAGUUUCAGAAAAUUUCUCACAUGGUUAUAGAGGAAGUUAAUUUCAUGCAGAACCAUCUCGAAAUAGAGAAGACUUGUCGAGAAAGUGCUGAAGCUUUGGCAACAAAGCUAAAUAAAGAAAAUAAAACACUGAAAAGACUCAGCAUGCUAUACAUGGCCAAGCUGGGACCAGAUGUAAUAACGGAGGAGAUAAACAUUGACGACGAUGAUUCAACCACGGAUACUGACAGUGCCACCGAGACCUGUGUGUCAGUCCAGUGUCAGAAGCAAAUCAAAGAACUUCGAGAUCAAAUUGUAUCUGUUCAGGAAGAAAAGAAGAAAUUAGCUAUUGAGCUGGAAAACCUCAAGAGCAAACUUGUAGAAGUAAUUGAAGAAGUAAAUAAAGUUAAACAAGAAAAAGCGGUUCUAAAUUCAGAAGUUCUCGAACAGAGAAAAGUCCUAGAAAAAUGCAACAGAGUGUCCAUGUUAGCAGUGGAGGAGUACGAGGAGAUGCAGGUGAGCCUGGAGCUGGAAAAGAAUCUGCGGAAGAAAGCAGAGUCGUUUGCACAAGAGAUGUUCAUUGAACAAAACAAGCUAAAGAGACAAAGCCAUCUUCUGCUGCAGAGUUCUGUCCCUGACCAGCAGCUCUUGAAAGCCUUAGAGGAGAAUGCAAAACUCAUUCAGCAACUCGAAGGAGAGAGAAUUCAGCAUCAGCAAAAGGUCAAAGAAUUAGAAGAACAGCUAGAAAAUGAAACCUUGCACAAAGAGAUCCAUAACCUCAAGCAGCAGCUGGAGCUUCUAGAAGAAGAUAAGAAGGAACUGGAACUGAAGUACCAGAAUUCCGAGGAGAAGGCCAGGAAUUUGAAGCAUUCCGUGGAUGAACUUCAGAAGCGAGUGAACCAGUCUGAGAAUUCAGUGCCUCCUCCACCUCCUCCUCCACCACCUCUUCCUCCUCCACCUCCCAAUCCAAUCCGAUCCCUCAUGUCCAUGAUCCGGAAACGGUCCCACCCCAGUGGCAGUGGUGCUAAGAAGGAAAAGGCAACCCAACCAGAAACAAGCAGAGACCUUUCAAGCACCAUUCACACAGGAACGCUGAUUUCAUCUGUGAAUCAGUUCCAAGUACCUGUCCCCGAUGCUCUUGGGAAUCUAUGCCUCUCACGAAAG